AUGCGUGCAUUAGAUCAAAAUGUAAGUACAUUAGCAGCACAAACAUUAAAUAGUUAUCAAAUACAAAAUGAAGAUGGUACACUUGAUCGUGAAGAACCAUUUAUUGCACGUUGUAUGAAUUGUUUAAAUGAAUGUAUAAAUACAGUUCAAGAUUUAUCAUCAUUACGUACAAUAAAUCGUAUAUCAGUUUUAUUACGUACACAUUUAGAAUUAUUUAUGCGUCGGUAUUCUUAUGUUAUACGUCUUUAUCAAUAUAUAUCACAAACAACGAAUAAUUCAAAUAAUUUCUUUUCAUCAUCAUCACUUAAACCUCAUAUUAAACAAUUAGCAUUAACAGAUGAUCGUGAUACAAAUAUGAUUAAAUUAAUAUGUAAUGCACCAAAUGCAAGUGGUGGGACAGAAAAAUAUAUAUUAAAAAUGAAUCCAAAUGAAUUUAUUGGUGAUUUAAGGGCGGAAUUAACACGUUGGUAUUGUACAUUAAAACCAACAAUGACAAAUGUUCUAACACAAACAUUAUUAACAAUUGAAAAAAAUGAUUUACCUUUAUCAAAUCCAACAUCAUCAAUAACCGCAACUACAACAGCAGCAACAUCAUCAUCAUCGUUUGAUCUUCUUCACAUGUCAAAUUUACCAUCAAUACGUGUUUUAGCUAAUGGACAAGAACUUGAUCGAGAUUUUGAUGAUAAAACAUUAAAUGAAUGUAAUAUAAAAGAUAAUCAAACAAUAUUAAUAAAUGCAUCAACGAGAAAUCGAACAAAAGAUUUGUAUAAUAUUGAUGAACGUCUUUUAAAAAAUUAUAUACCACAUAAAAUGCCAAUGAUGUUAUUAUUAAAAUAUAUUGAACAAUUUUUUUCUAUUCUUGCACAAUUACAAACUUUUAUUGAAACAUCAUCGGAGCAUGCUGAAGCUCGUCUAGCUGUUAGUCGUCUAUGGGAAAUUCUCUUACUUAUUCCAACACAUAGUGGUAUAUUUCAAAAAUUAUCACAAUUGAAUGAUUUAAAUGAUAAUGAAAAUAAUAUUGAACAAUGGGCAGCUUGUUUACAACGUUCAGAUCCAUUUCGUUUAACUUAUUCUUUACAAAUAAUUGAUAUGCUUAUAAGACGUAUGCCUACAUAUAAGGAUUUAUUUGUUCGUCGAGGUGGUUUAAAAUAUCUUUAUGAUUUAUUUAUUUCAAAAUCAUUUUUUACUGGACCAAUUGAUCGUUCAUGGUGUGCUGGAUUACCUGAAGCACUUUUAUAUACAUUGAAAAUUCUUUGUUCAUGUCUAUUAAAAAUACCUACACCAUCUAUUCAAUCUUCAGGUCAACAACAACCUCCACCACCAUCAUCAGCACCACCAGUAACUAUUUCAGCUGCUGUUGACGAACAACAUUCACCACGAACACCAAUAAAUACAAGAAAAAAAGCUCGACGUGAAACAACAACACCAGCGAUUAUUGCUGCUUUAUCUUCAACAGAUUUAACAAGUAUUGACAUACCAUCAUCAACACCAAUUGUUCAUCAACAAUCUCAUUUUCAUAUUCAUGAAGCACAUUGGGAAAAUGUUGCAUUAAUAGAUAAAGAUGUUUUAUUAGAUACUCUCAUCGAUAUACAAUUAUCAAUUGUUACCAAAAGUACACGUUUAUGUUGUCCAGUUGUUUUAUUACAAUUUGCUAAUCGUACAGAUUUAUUACAUACAUCUAUGAUAUUAUUUAUAACAUUAUGUCAUUCAUAUGAUGAUAUUCGUACAAAAUUUAUUGAACAUCCAAAAUUAAGUCUAUGGUUAAAAACAUUAUUACUUGAUGCAUAUGAUUCUAUACUUAAACGUGAAGCAUUGUUAAAUAUUUAUCGACUAUCUAUGGUAUCAAGUAAUACUAUUAGUAACAAUUCUUCUGGAACAAGUGAUGAAUUAAAUCUUCAACCUAUAACAGAUUUUCCUCCUCCACCACCGAUUCCUACACAACGUAGUUGUCCAAUCGAUGAAGAAAAAGCUGCUCAAACAUUAACAAUCUCAUCAUCAAUCGAACCAUCCAAUGAACCUCCAGCUGAACGCAUUUGUCUCGUACCUAUUCUCAUCAAUCUUCUUGAAUUAAUACCUUAUGCACUUAAAUUUACUUCAUCAUCUCAAUUAAAUCUUGAUUCAAAUUCUUCUCUCUCAUCAUUUUCUCUUCAAUCAUUAAAUAUUCCAUCCACAAUAAUAACAAAAUGUGAUAAUCAUUCAUUUUUUCUUAAUCAAUCAUCUCAUGAAUAUUUUCAUUUAUUAACAUCCAUUAUUGAUCGUAUGCAUUAUGAUGAAAUCAAACAAAUAAAAAUAAAUAAAAAUAAACUUUGUAAUCAAAUUGAUUCAAAUACAAUUCAUACAAUUUUAUUUGAUCAUGAAUUAAUUGAAAUUUUAAUAAGUUUUAUUCAUGAACAUGUUCCAUAUGAAACACAACGUGAUAAAUUAAUUGAAGAUGAAGUUUUAUAUGGUUUACUUUGUUUAUUAACAUCAAUUGUAAAACAAUAUAAUAAUUCAUAUUUUAAACAAAUUAAUAUUAAUGAUAAUCCUUCGUAUAAACAAUUAACAUUUCAUUUAAUUGAUCGUGUAUUUAAAUAUUUAUUUGAAUUACCAACAAGUGAAAAUCGUUUUGUACCAAAAUGUAAAUCAUUAUUAACACGAGCGAAAUCUUAUGAAUUUCUUAAUGAAUUAAUAAAAAUUAAUCGAGAAAAUUUUAUUCAAUUACAAAAAAAACUUCUUCAACAACAUAAUUCAAUCGAUCGUCAACAACCAUAUAUAUGGGAUUAUUGGCCACGUGAUGAUGGUCGAUCCUAUUCAGGUUAUGUUGGAUUAACAAAUUUAGGUGCGACUUGUUAUGCUGCAACAAGUAUUCAACAUUUAUAUAUGAUACCUGAAUUACGUACAGCUAUAUUAAAUGCAACUAAAACUGGCAAACAUGAUUUUAUUCUCUAUGAAUUAAAACGUAUGUUUGCAUAUUUACUUGAAAGUGAACGACGAUCAUAUAAUCCGAAAAGUUUUUGUAAAGUUUAUACAAUGGAUGGUUUAUUAUCUUUAAAUACAGGCGAUCAAAAAGAUAUGACGGAAUUUUUUACUGAUUUAAUAACAAAAUUAGAAGAAAUGUCCGAUGAUUUAAAACAACUUGUUCGAGAAUUAUUUUGUGGUAUAUUAACAAAUAUUGUUAUUUCAUUUGAUUGUCCACAUAUAUCAAGAAAAUUAGAAGAAUUUUAUACUGUACGUUGUCAAGUUGCUGAUAUGAAAGAUGUACAUGAAUCAUUAGCUGAAUUAACAGUUAAAGAUACAUUAGAAGGUGAUAAUAUGUAUACAUGUUCAAAAUGUUCGAAAAAAGUUCGAGCUGAAAAACGAGUUUGUUUUAGAAAAUUACCGAAAAUUUUAUGUUUAAAUACAAUGAGAUAUACAUUUAAUAUGGUAACAAUGCAACGAGAAAAAGUGAAUACUUUAUUUCAAUUUCCAAUGCAAUUAGAUAUGAGUGGUUAUAUGGAAACAAAUUUAAUUGAUAGAAAUAAAUUAAUUGGAGAUGAUAAUAGUAAUAAUGAUGAAGAAAAAGAUAAUGAAAGUUCAAGUAAAUAUCCUCCAACUUCUCCAUCAUCUCCUAAUGAAUCUCAUUUAUUUGAAUUAAUUGGUGUUACUGUUCAUACUGGUACAGCAGAAGGUGGUCAUUACUAUUCAUUUAUACGUGAACGUGUCAAACGUCCAAUAGAUAGUAAUCUUUCGACAAAUUCUGAUUCAUUAUUAGAUAAUUCUCAACAAUCUCAACAACAUCGUUGGUAUUUAUUUAAUGAUGCUGAAGUUAAACAAUUUGAUCCAUCACAAAUAGCUAAUGAAUGUUUUGGUGGUGAAAUAACAUCAAAAGGAUAUGAUCAAGGUUCAGAUCGUUUUCUUGAUUUUCAAUUUGAAAAAACACAUUCAGCUUAUAUGUUAUUUUAUGAACGAAUUGAUACACCAUCAUUAUCAACAACAACAUCAAAUAUUCCAACAUUACAAUUAAAAGAUCCUAUAUCAUAUAUCAUACCAAAAGAUAUAUCUGAUUGGAUAUGGGAAGAUAAUCGACGUUUUGUUCGUGAUCGACAUUUAUUUGAUCAUCAUUAUUUUACAUUUAUGUGGACACUUUGUCAUUAUCAAGUACCAUCAAAUCCAUUAGUCAUCAAAGAAGGUGAACAACAACCACAACAAGAACAAACUGAUAAUAGUAAUAUAACAUUAGAAUCAUAUGAUAUGUUACCCAUACAAUUAGCAAUAACAUUUGUUUUUGAAACUUAUAUACAUGCAAAAGAUAAACCAACAAUGGCUGGUUGGGUAGAAUAUUUAUGUAAACAAUUUACAGCAUGUAAACCAGUUGCUGUUUGGUUUCUUGCACAUAUGACACAAGAUGAUACGUGGCUAAUAAAAGUACUUGUUCGUUGUCCAAAUCAUACUAUUCGUCAUAUGUUUGCACGUGUAUUGAUUGAUGUACUUCAUAAAAGUCGCUUUCGUGAUUCAUCAAAUGAAGAUUCGCUUGUUGUUCAACAAUUUAUUCGUAAAUAUUUAUUAAUUAUAAAUGAAGGUGGUGCACGUUUACCAAUUCGUUAUAUGUCCGAAUAUUUUGUUUUUCUUCAUGAUUUUGCUCGUAAUGGUAUUGAUGAAUGUUAUUUAUUACUUGAUUGUUUAUGUAUUCAACAAUUAAUAACAUUUUAUAUGUUACAUCGUGGUCGGCAACCUAAACAAUCAUCAUCAAAUAAUAAUAAUGAUGAUGGUAAUACAAGUUCAGAUGAUGAAAAUCAAUCGAAUACAAAUUUAUUAAUGACAACAAAUACCAUAGAUGAUGAUAUUAUACCAUUAAAUACUAUACGUUUACCAACAAAUAAUAAUUUAAAUCGUCCAGGAAUAUUUGAAAAAAUGUUUCCAUUAAUUGCUCUAUUAUUAGAAACUGAACGUACACGUACAAAUCUUGAAAAUUUUGAUUUACAUUUAUUUGUUGAAAAUGAUUUUGCUUUUAUUCAACAACAAAUACUUGAUAAUAUUAAUUUAAAAGCUACGGCACAUAUUAUACAAUUAAUUUGUUAUAAAAAUGAUGUUUAUGCAAAUAAAAUAGUUAAUCUUUUAUGUCAAUGGAUUGUUAAUUAUAAUAAUGAUAUGAAUAGUUUACAAGCAUUAUUUAAAGUUUUAACUUAUUUAAUUGAACAAAAUCCAAAUAAUAUUAAUAAUGAUACAAAUGAUCAACAACAAAUAUCAUCAACAAUAAUUCUCGAUAAAAAUUGGUGUGAUUUUGCAUCAUUAAUUGUUGUACGAAUUGGUAAAUUAAUUGAUAUAUGUCCCACACAAGUCUUUGAAUGGUUUAAUAGUGUUGUUAAUAAAUCAUCAAUUAUACAUCGAUGGAUUUAUGAUAAUAUACGACAAUGGUUAAAAUCUUAUUUAUUAUAUAAUACAUAUACAAAAGUAAGAACAUUAAUAGCACAAUUAAUGGUUGCUCUUGUACCAUCAGCUAUAUUUCGUCAAACAUAUCGAACAGGAAAAUAUUUUUUAAAUUUAUCUAAACAACAAUUAGCAACAGCAGCACAAACAUCUACAACGACAACAACACAUGGAACAAUUACAUCAUUAUUAACAUUUAAUCAACAACUAUCUACUGUUCCAAGUAAUACAUCAUUUUCUUCAUUAUUUGAUCAUCAACAAUUUGCACAAUAUCCAACUGAUUUUACAACUGAUACAUAUACAAUUCUUCGUACAUUAUUAUCUUAUCUUCUUGAACUUUUAACUGAAAUCGGUCAUGAUCAAAGUGAAUUACAUAUGAAUGAUAAUCAACAACGUCUUGUUCAAUAUUUAUCUGUUUUAAUACAUUUUACACGUUAUACAUCGGAAAAAUCCCUUUUAACUGAAAACGAUUAUUUACAUUCAUUAUGUUCAUUAAUAUCACAUCCAAAAUUAAUUGAAGAUCAUACAAUAAAUAAUGGUAAUAAAUUAUUAAUAUUUAUAUUUUUACAACAAUUAUUAGAUGAAAAAAUCUUUUUAACAAAUAUUCUCAAUUAUGAACAUGAUUUUAAACAACAAUUACCCAUGUGUUUAAUUAUUGUUGAUCAUGAAGAUCAAGAAUUAAUUUUAUAUAAUCGUUUAUUUUUAUUUAUUUAUUAUAAUAUAUUAAAACAAUUUUGUCAAUAUUCAUGGUCAUAUUCAAAAGAAUUAGCUUCACAUAAAAAUAUGUCAUGGGCAUUAAAAAAUGUUUUACCAUAUGUACAUUUAUAUCCUGAUGCAUGUGAACAAUUAUUAUCUAUAUGUAAAAUAAUUUCACAUACAAAUCGUGAAAAUCUUUCCAAUGAUGAUCAACAAAUAAUAAAUGAUUUUAAAAAAGAAUUAUAUACACUAAUCUAUCGUUUUAAUGAUAUACGUACAUCAUGGACAAUAAUACUUGAUUUAACACGUGAUAUGUGUGAUUUACAAGCAUCACAUGAUGAACGCUUACAAAUAUUAAAUCGACGUGGUUUACCUGUAUUAACAACAAUAUUUUUUACCAUAUUUUCUUUAUAUCAUGAUCAAAAUCAAGCACAAAUUUUAACUAUACAAAAUGAUUUAAUUUAUUUAUUAAGUUUAAUUGCUAAUCUACUUGAUACAGCUGAUAUACAAAUAAAAAAACCACAAACAAAUUCAACAAUAAAUAUGAGAAAUAUUGUUGGUACACAAUGGAAAGAAAAAAUGGAAUUAGUUGGAAAAUUACUUUUAUUACUUAAUUCAUAUAAUUCAAGUGAAAUUCGACAACGUGCUGUUGAUUUAUUAAAGAAAAUUAUUGUACAAUUAAGUAUACAAGAUUUAACACAUGUUGCAUUACAUGUUAAAACAACACAUGAACAAGCAGCAGCACAAUCACAUCCACAACUUGGUCCAUAUUUUCCACGUCGAAAGCAAUCAACGAAUAAUACACAACAGCAAGGAACGAUUGAUCGAAUUAGUAAUCCAACAGUUCACACUCCAUUUCGACCACAUUUUGGCAUGUAUUUCAAAACACAAUUACUUGAAACAUCCAAAGGUCGUGAUUUAGAAUUUGAUCGUGCUGUUCAUGCAUAUUAUUCUCCUUAUCAUACAUUUAUCGAUUCUUUAGCACGUUAUGCUUACAAUCAGAAUGCUCUAAAUAGUUCAAUAUUAAAUCUUGUUACACUUGUUGCUUGUGAAGGUGUACAAAGUAUGCAUUUUCAUUUAUUUGCUAAAUUAUGUCUUGAAAUAUCAAGUCAAUCGAAAACAAGUGCACAAACAUUAAUUCAUGAUCUUUUACAAACAUCAUCAUCCUAUUAUUUUCAUCAUUUUAUUGAAAUUGUUCUAAUUGAUGAACGUAUAUCAUUAUAUCAAAUUGAUAAUUAUUCAUUUUUAUAUACUUAUUUACCAAUGAUAUUGUCAAUGAAAAAAACGUUAGCAACAACGAAUGAUUCAACACAAGUAUUUAUACAACGUCUUGAACAAUUAUUAAAUAAAACAUGUGAACAUUGUUUACAAUCAAUUUAUAAUGAAUCACAAACAAAUUUAGAUUGGUUACAAUCCUAUAAAAAACUAUCAAAAUCAAUUAAUUAUUCUCAUAUGCAAAUCAUUGGAGAUAUUAAAGCAUUAGAAUUAUAUUUACAUUGUCAAAUAAUAAAUGAUAAAAGUAAAAUACAAAAUUUAAUUGAACAAAGUAUUCGAUUUAUUGAACAACAUUUACAAUUACCAUUACAAAUUGAUGAUGAACAACAACAACAACAGCAACAACAACAACAAGAAAGUGAAUCAACAACGAUUGUUGAUGAUGAAAAUAAUCCAAUAAAAAAACGACGAUUAGAUGAUAGUAGUUUAACAAUUGAUAUUACAAAUAAUGAUCCUAAACGUAAACAAAUUAUGGACACAUUACAAAUUUUACAAACAUUUUUGACAAAUAUCAAUAAUAUAACUAAUGAAUCGACCACGAUUGAACAAUAG